AUGAUAACCGAUCGCUUUAAAUCAAAUUUUCCUACGAUUUGCUGUUGGUUAAUUUUGUUAAUCAGCAGUAUAACCUAUGCACAAUCCCUCGGCUUACAACCACAAACUCAGUCGAAAACUGACGAAGAAAAUGUUAUAAUCCAAGACUCAACAGUGCGAACGUUUAGUCCUCGUGUGGACUAUAAUAACGAAUGGCGACCUGUUGGACGUGGUGACCCUUUAAAAAAUGAUCCCACAUACGAUUACAGCCCACCGGCUUUAGAGCGCGUACGUUAUUGGGCAGAUAGCAGUGACAGUAAGACAGACAACAAAAAUAAGGAAACAACUGUUGGUACAACGGACAUUGUUCUUAUUGGCAGUGGUUUGAACAGCAAUAUUCGAAAACCGAAUCCAAGCAAGAAUGAUAUAUUACUAUUUGGUGGAACUAGUGAACACACAAGAGGCAGUUUUCAAACCCCACAAAAUUCUUUAAAAAAUAUGAAAGGUGAAACGCCAUUAUUACAGCCAAAAUAUACAUCAAUACGUCGUAGCUAUUAUGGGCAUCAAUUGCCUACCCGCCUAAUGCCACCACCUAUGCAAACAAUAUCGCAAAUGAUGAACGCAAAAUCGACAGCAACUAGUGACUACCGCCACUUGAAUAUGCCUAGUUUUAUGCCUAGUGGAAGUAGUUCUCUAACUGGUAUGGGCACAUCAACACACAAUAAAAAUUAUUAUAAUCCUGUUAUGAAUUCUACUUGGAUCCACUCGCCCGCUGCUGCUGCACAACAUUAUACACAGCGUUAUCCAUCAGCAUACGAUUCACAUUACCAGGAAUCUAUGAAUUAUGUUAGUUAUACUCGACCAAGUUCAAUGGCAUAUGUCACCAAUGCAAUACGUCCCAAUCAAAAUGCGCUGAAAUAUAACUCACCGCCCCGUAAGCCAUGGGUGCACGAACUGUUACAGAAAGAGGUAAUUAAAUCCGUAAAACCAACAAUUUCGGUUACAAAAUACAUGAUGGGCAGUACAAAACCCAUGUAUGAGUCUAUGGUACCUAUUGGCAUCAGCACUACCUAUUCACCAGUAUCAUUCGUUAGCAGUACAACGCUACCAACAAAGUCACCAACAUAUGCACAUAGUACAACUCCAGUAUUUAUAACUCCAACAACAUACACCACUACCUCAACAAUAACACCGAGCACGUAUACUCGUAAACCAGUGGCAGUAACUGUCGCAAUGCCUACUAACAAUAUAGAAAUUACGACACCUACAACAACUACUACAACCUCAUCACGUCUACUUAUACCCAAUACCAGCAAUUUAUUACAUCGACCAACAGUUGCACCAAUGGAAAUGACAACGGAUUCUUUAUUUUCACAUUACAAACAACCUGCUAAACCUAUUGCUGGUCCCAUGUAUCUAAUUAUUGAGGGCCAUUCGAAAGUAAAAACAUAUGGCAAAAAUGAAAUCGAUCCACAUCAACCUAAAAUUGUACCGAUUAUACCUAAACGGGAACCCAUUGUCCGUAUAGCAGAUCCAAAUGAAAAACGUGGAACCGUAGAAACUUUUCAAGUCAAGCAUUUGCAUACCAAAACAACGCCAACCACAGCAACUACUACAACAACGACUGUCAAACCAAUAACAACAACAACCACUGCGAAACCAACUACAACUACUAUCGCGACAACAACGACAACCGCAACAAAUAACAUGAUUAUGCCGAUAACAACAGCAAAUUUACCGCUAACAAGACAAAAUAUACCUACUAUGACGAGUGAACCUCAACCGCCCACCGGUAUGCAAGGCCUUUUAAGUUUACUUGAUUCCUCAUUGAACAAUCUCUUCCACGAUGUUCACUUGACAACAGCGGAAAAGAAUGAUGAAAAAAUUUUCGUUACACCUCCACCAUAUACAACUAUUCUGAAACCAAUUACAACAACAGCACAGCAACAACUUCAGGUAGAUGCACGGGUCAGUAGCAAAGGAGACUCCUUGAAUGCCAUCAAUGAUAUUACAUUGGAUGCAAGCAAUGCGUACACCGAUGAAGUUGGCGAUGCUGAAGUUGGAACCACUGAACCUGCACCCAGAGAUGUACGUCAAGUUUUUGAUUAUGAUCAACUACCUGAGUCAAGAUUGAAGCAACGCACUGCUGCUGAUGGAAAUAUUGUUGACGACAGCGAAGACGAUGUUUGGUUUAAGGAAACUUACGAUGAUGUUGAUGAGGAUGCCAGUAAUAUGGAUGAUAUGGUCGAGUAUGAAGAUGCUAGUCAGCAACUAUUGAAACGCAUAGAUACAUUAGUGGGUGUUGAUGAUAACGUUGAUGAUUUAGUUAAUGAGAAUAAUAGUGGAGAGAAUGAUGAGGAUGAUAUUGAUUCGGAUGAGUUCGAGCUUAGACAUGCACGCACCCUAAUAUAA